UCACUGUCAAACUGACUCCUCCCUUAAAGUUAAUUCUCCCCGCACCUUAUAAAAGAAAAGGGCAUAAAAAGGCUCUGCCCGGGGACCGCACCGCACUUUCCGAACAAGCUGUCUACUCGAGUUCAUCCGAGACCAGCAAAGAUCCGCGCAACCAUGCCUCUGCCCGCAACCCAUGAAAUCCACCUUCACGGCUCUGUCAACGGCCACGAGUUCGACUUGGUGGGCAGUGGAAAAGGUGACCCGAAAGCCGGCUCGCUGGUGACCGAAGUGAAAUCCACCAUGGGUCCCCUGAAGUUCUCUCCUCACUUGAUGAUCCCCCACCUCGGGUACGGGUACUACCAGUACCUCCCCUACCCGGACGGACCCUCGCCUUUCCAGACCGCCAUGCUCGAUGGAUCGGGGUAUAAAGUCCACCGUGUGUUCAACUUUGAGGACGGUGGCGUGUUGUCCAUCGACUACAAUUAUGCCUACGAGGGGACUCACAUCAAGUCCGACUUUAAGCUGAUGGGAAGCGGUUUCCCUGACGACGGCCCAGUCAUGACCAGCCAAAUUGUCGACCAGGACGGCUGCGUGUCCAAGAAGACGUAUCUUAACGACAACACCAUCGUGGACAGCUUCGACUGGUCUUACAAUCUGCAGAAUGGGAAGCGCUACAGGGCUCGAGUGACGAGCAACUACAUCUUCGGGAAGCCCCUCGCGGCCGAUGUAAUGAAGAAGCAGCCGGUCUUCGUGUACCGCAAGUGCUACGUGAAGUCUACCCAGACCGAGAUCACCCUGGACGAGAGGGAGAAGGCGUUCUACGAAGUGGUUUAAGCCCCUGUUAGGCUAACGUCACAUUUCCAAACCGGGGCUCGGUCGGGCUGUUUGUAGAAACGAAAAAUAAAAAUG